CUUGUCGACUAAUGGUUGUAUGGCAUCCAUUUGUAACAUUAAGAGAGGCAAGCAUUUCGAUUUGAAGACCAUUUGCUGAAACAAAAAAACUAAAACAAUCGAUACAGCAUGCGCAAUUGCCGGCAUUAGGGAUAGUGGAUAGCUGCCUGAAUAAGGGAUAGAGGACAGCAGCCGACAAAUGGAAGCGACAGAGGAACAACUGAUAUUGGCCACCGGUGGCUAUGACCACACAAUAAAAGUGUGGCAAGCACACACCGGCAACUGCAUAAAAACAAUGCGUUUUGUGGACACAUCGCAAGUUAAUGCGCUGGAUCGGACGCCGGAUAAGACACGACUGGCCGCCUGUGGCUAUCAGUGCAUACGUCUUUAUGAUUUGGAGUCGAAUAGCACGACACCGGUCAUCAAUUUCGAUGGCGUGCAGAAGAAUGUGACGCGUCUGGGGUUCCAGGAGGAUGGCAACUGGAUGUUCACCGCUGGCGAGGAUCAUCGCGUCCGUAUAUGGGAUAUGAUAUCGGCGCCACCGCACUGCUCGCGCGUCUUUGAUUGUCAAGCGCCGGUGAAUGCCGCCUGCCUGCAUCCCAAUCAGGUGGAAAUCGCGAUGGGCUCCCAAAAUGGUGGCGUUUAUCUGUGGGACGUGAAAUCUGUGGCGCAUGAGCAGCUCAUACCCGAAAUGGAUGCCUCCAUACAGGAUGUGGCCAUCUCGCCGGAUGGACAUUAUAUGGCGGCGGCUAAUAACAAAGGCAAUUGCUAUAUCUGGUCCCUCAACAGCAGUCCAAGUCAGCAGCUGAGCAUAUUGAAGCCCAAGAUGAAGAUAUCGGCGCAUAGUCGCUAUAUCCUCCGCUGCAAAUUUAGUCCAGACUCCCGUCUAUUGGUCACCACAUCGGGCGAUGGCACAGCGUGCCUUUGGAAAACCGAAGACUUCACCAAAUGGCGCGAGUUGUCCGUUGAGAACUACUGGGUAUGGGAUGUGGCCUUCAGUGCUGACUCCAAAUGGCUCUUCACCGCCUCCUCCGAUGGUGUGGCUCGCCUUUGGAAGCUGCAGACAAAGAGCCCCGAGCGCAAGUACACAGGACAUACCAAAGCCAUAACAGCUCUGUCCUUCAAAGACGAGAUCGUGGCCGAUUAGCAUAGAGAGUCAACAGUUUCAUGGGUGGGCGUCCAGUGUGUUGUUUUUAGUAUAAGAAAUUGUGGAAUUAUUGUUUUUAUAUUGACUUGAGUGCUGAAAACUGUGAACACCGCUAAGCCUAUAAAGGUUUUCCAAACUAUUCCAACUAUGUUUGUACAGAACACAAUUCACCAAAUGUUUUGGUCAGACAGACAACCAAUUUGCAUACAAAUUCAUGCCAUUUUUCAAGUUACCACAAGAAAGCUUUAUUGUUUUUUAGAGUAUAAUGGGACGACUUUGUCUGUCUGAACGAAGCUUAAUGAAUCAAUAGUUUUUGUGAGCUCAAAGAGUUUUUCUGCAACUCUCCCUGCUCGGCAAACCAAUAGAAUAGCUCCAACUGUAAUCUGAAUUCGUACUGUUUAAAAGUUUGGAACAUUUUUUUUUUGGGAAUAGCGCACUUUUUUCCUUUCGUAUAAGACCAAUAUAAAAACAAGACUUAGGCUACGGUCUGACAUGCAAAUCAUCUGCACACAAAUUUGUAAGUAAACCCCAAAGUUGUUUGUUGAAGAAAACUAUACUUAUAGAAUUCUUUUGACAAAUUUGUGUGCAAACUAUUUGCGUAUCUGAGCAUAUGUACUAUUUCGUAGUCAUAAGCUGUGAGCAUCGUUUUUUUCGGCAUUUUGGGAGGCAACUAGAACUCGGGAUACGGACCGGAUGCGAAGGGCAAUAUGGCAAGUCUGAAGACAUAUUCUCCAACUACCUCUCGGGUGAAUGCGCUUAAGCUUUUGUAGCAAAACAAUUUUGUCAUCAUUUGUAAAUUUUUUAUUACUAAUAUACAUAUAGUAUACAUAUUUCAAAUGCAAUUGAAUGAAAAACCUUAGAGGCGUACAAUAAACAUACAAUGCAUAUAAUUUA